AUGGAAGAAGAAAACAAUGGUGGAACACUAGAGGCUGGAGGAAAACUUUCACUUGUCCAGCCUCCCUCUCCCAGGCCUCGCCCUGUGCCCCGUCCACGAAACCAAACCAAAGGACUCAGCAGUACAGACAUGAAUGGAAAACCUGCAAUUACAGCUCCUAAGCCUGUGUUACCUCCAAAGCCGAGACGGCCACCACCAAAUGCACCAGCUGAAAAACCACUGGAAACAAAUCAAGAUGUUCCAUCAAACAACAAUAAUGAUGAGUUACCAGUCGUUAAAGGAUGUUCAACAAAACAACAUUCAGUAACAGAGAAAAGUAAAGACAAUUUAGCGUCCAAUAAUGUAAUGACUUCUGCUGGUAUCACAAACAGCACUGACACAAAACAUGUUGAAAAUGGACCUGAAAAAGUUGACUCCACAGACGAACAGUGGUAUCAACCUUUAAGACCAAGGCCAGGUAGUGAUGAGUCAAGCUCAGAUGAUGCUUAUGAGGAAUUACCAACAGCAGAACAAAGUAAAGAAAGCAAAGCUACUGCCUCAAGGUCAGUUGACAAGAGUGAACCCCUUAAACCCUAACAUCAGUAUGCAAUAUUCUCCUUACCAUUCCCGACUUAUUUCUUAAGAUGAUGACUAGGAGAUGUUGUUUAAGAAUCAAGAGCUUCUUUAGAUGGUGAUUGUUUCCUUUAUUCUUGUGGCCUGAAUGGAUGAUUCAGGGGUGAUAUUGUAAGGAAAACUUACUAGGUGCUAGUCACUCUUAGGGGCUAGGGGUUAAAAGGUUGAGGUGCAUCUGAAUAAAACUAAAAAAUUAUGAAAAAUCUUGCUCUGUUAGGAAACUUGCAGUUUUACCUUUUUUACAGUUUAUUUUCAAGUUUGUGGUACCUUUAUUUAUAUAUUAGAAAUAAUAAAAAAACUGUCCUCUAAUUUGUACUUAUAUUUUAUCUCUGAGAUUGUGUACAAUAAAUGUAGUCAAUGCAAUUUAAUGGAGUUAACAACAAAGAGCAUCAGCGUUCUCUAGUAGUCAGCAGUUUUUCACAUAUGUGCAUGCAUUGGAAUUCCAUGUGCUCUUCUCUUGAGGCGUUCUUGAAUGUGGUUUGAGUGUGAACUUGCAGUGUUGUGAGGAGAGCCACCUCAUCUUCCAGGCAGUUUUCCCCACCCCUUCCCUACCUCUUUCCACUCUUUAUUCAGUGUGACGGGUGCCUGUUUCCCUUUCCUGUGAGGGGGCUCAUGGCUGGGUUGCCAGGAUUUGCCAGCCAUGGGAGAAGCCUCCAUCUGGGAGCUGGCUGCCAACAAUGGAAGCUCCUGGAUGUUUUAGGCACCCAACCUUCACUUAGUGUUGUGGUUGUUAACUAUAUUUUGAUUGCUAUAAGAGGAAUUAAUGAUAAGAUAUUUACAUGUAUGUACUUAAAAAUUUAACAUCUGCAUAAAAGUUUUCUUGAAUUUUCCAAGAAGUGAUCAGAAAAUAAAACACACAAUUUGUUUCUUUAAGAGGUAUUAAUAAAUCUUGUAUUUAAUUUCCAGGCCUGAUGACCCAAGUUGGUCAGCUGGGAAGUCCUCCCCACCUGUACUUCACAAAGUUAGCAACAGAGACAUUAAAGUAUCUCCACCUGUCCAACGUAAAAUCAGCAACAUUGCUAACAAAAUGUCACCCCGCCUCCCUUAUAAAACUAGUGGUGUGGCAAGUGUAAUCUCCCCACAGCAUCCUCCUCAACCAAAUGACACAAGACAACUGAAAGCUGUUGAGGAGAAUAUAAAAAAUACAAGAAAUUUUGAAAUUUCAAGUGCCGGUGAGAAGUCAAAGCCUUUGCCACCAAAAAAGCCUCUUCCUUCUUUUCCUAAAGGAAUGGGUACUACCGGUCAAAAGCCUGUAAUGGGUGAACUGUCAGCAAGUAAACCACACUUACCACAAAAACCUCCCCUUGAGUUAUCUUUGUCACCUAAAACUGACCAAUCACAAAAAUCUGUUGCUGCUCUUGCUCAAAAGUUAUCAACAAUACCUGUAUUUCCUUUCCGAGAUGACAAUGGCAGCAGAACAGGAGGGGCUGUAUUUCCUUCACCUGUUGCUUCUCCAUUGUCCUCACCACGCCCUUCACCUCGUAACAUCACAUCAGGUGCAUCCCCAGACAAGUCAAAAUUGAAAUCUGCGACAGUAAUGGCAAAGGUCAGUGAAGUGGGAAAACCUGUACUGUCCUCUAGACCUGGAACUUCACUGCUAAAAUCACAAAGUCAGGUCACAUCUCCUCAACAUGGUAGGGAUAUUAACAGUUUUUCACUUUUAUUUGUGAUUAUAGUAUUUUUCUAUGAUAGCAUCUCCAUUCAAUAAAAAGCAUAGUAUGCUUUUUACACACCUGAUUCUAGUUUUUUCCUAAUGCAUGGGAAAGUUUGCAUCAAUUCGCAGUUUUCCUUUGUGACCUAAUUCAUAAAAAGAGUAAACUGAAUUGUGAGAGGAUUUUACAGAAAUGGGGUCCACAAUGCCUACAGCUUGAGACUGUGGUUGGAAUGAAACUAUUGCUUUUUAACCUACAACCUAUUGAAAUCUAUGUUUUACAUCUGGCGAAUAGGAAAGGAAUCAAAGAAGCCUCGUCCAGAGCGACCCAUUCCUCCAUCAGCAGAGGCUGUUGCAAGAGUGAGGUCACAAACACUGGAGAAUCUUGAAGAGGAGGAGAAUUAUCCCUCAGAUGAAGCUGUAAACAAGAUACCUGGUUUGUUUCUUUGUUCAGAUGGUUCCUUGUUAUCAAUAUUAUCAGUUAUUAUCAGUUUUUUAAAAACAUGAGCUGAGACAGUUUGACUAACUUUUGGAAUAUCAUUUGAAGGCCCUGCUAGGAAAUCAUCUUUACCUGAACAACGCAAAAAAAGAUUAGCUUCUCGUCCUCUUUCACGGCGUCUAAACCCUCAUGUUCCUUCAGCUGAACUUGCACAAGCCAGUAGGCGGCCUCCACCUCUUCCACCAGGAGUUAAUCCUAUUAUGGAAAAACCACCAAUACUGAAAGUGCCACCAUUGCCUGUCAUGCCACGCCCACGACCAAUGUCUGCGUAUCAACAGACAGAGAGAGAUGCUUUCAAGCCCACUUUGGGCAAGUCUGUAUCAGUAGGAGACAUACCAAGAGUUACAUUAGCUGAAGGUAAUGAUAUAUUGUUACCCUUAGUGUUCAUCUUUUGUCAUUGUUACUUUGUGUUAUCAUUCACAUUCAAAUGUCUUUUCAAAGUUCUAACCAAGCACUCUCUGCCACACAUAUAUAUAAACAAAGUGUAUAACCAAUAAUUUCAGGCUUUCUGCUGAAAUUUGUAAACCAGCCCCAUUAUGGAGAGAAGCCCAUGUGAAGGCCACUACAUCCUCUUGCUCUCAUUUCUUUCCUCAUACACAGGGUUUGAUACACUGAGGGACAUACACUGAGGGACAAUUUGUCCCCCUAGCAAAAAUUUUGGGGAACAUUUUUAUUUUUAGGGGGACAGACAAAUUAAUUUUUGACAAUUGCAUUUUUUGCUGCUGUCAGUUGUCUUAAUGGACCUCUUAGGAAACAACUUUAACGGGUUCAAAAAGGUGAUCGUUUGUGAUUUGUGAUUGGUGGAUUUCAAUCCAUUUGGUGUGUUUCUGUGUUUCAAGGUUCAUUGCUUGUGAUCAUAAUUAUGAUUGACAGCAGCGAAAAAUGCAAUUGUAAAGGCAGCUUUUGAACUUUAGAGUUCGCAUGUUUGUGAAAAGGGCAGUAAAGAGUGCCAGGUGCAUUCACCAUGCUUGGUUGAGCAUGAGACGUAUGUGUGCAGUAAAGUGUGACUGAAAUGUGACUUAAGAAUGAACUUUAAAUGUGUGAUAAAAUAUACUUUCCACAUUCUGUUUCAGCUUGUAAUUUCUGUACUGAAAUAAAACUCUUCAUAUGUGCUUCUUUUUGAGUUUUUUCUCUAAAUUUUGAAGGGGACAAAUUGUCCCCUUGGCCAUUUUUUUAAGGGACAAUUUCAAUUGCAGUGUGGGAUUGGCACAAUGGCACAGCCUGACUCAAACCCUGCAUAUGUGUACUUAUUUCCCAAUGUUGCUUGAGGAAAAUCUGAGUUUUGUUUUAGAGAAGAAAUUGUAAAUCUUUAAUAGUCACAGCUUGUAUGUAUCUUUGCAUAUCUCUUACUAGAUCAAUCUGAGUACUCCUAUGCCUAUAACCAUACUUCCAUUGGAGGGACACCACCCAGGCAAGUGGUAUCAGAAUGUAUUCCACCCAACCCACCCUCAUUUGUGGCAGACAAUGGUGCAUAUGUCACACGUGAUGAAAAUGUUGUCAAUGAGUUUAUGCGGGAUAUUUCUGAGGAGAGUACAUUGGCAUCUUACGAGGUUGCUGAUGAGCAAACUGUUGCUGGGCUUAUGAGCAGUUUAAAAAGGAAGCAGACACUGAAUGGAUUGACUGCUGGUAAGCUGACAUAUUUGCACCAUGAUAAGGGAAAUAAAAAAGUUAACAUUUGGUGCUGUGUUCAUCAGCCCUAAAAAGCAAACCCUUACCAUUGUUUCAGUGACCAUAGGGCUGUAGGCACACAGGUGGCUGGGAGGGAAAGUGAAAACUGGUGAUACAAUGUGCUUGGUUUAUGUCAUCAUCCUUCUUUUCUUGUGGUUUUGAUAUCAGGAAUUCCAAAAUACACACAUGUAUGAGUUAUUAUCAGCUGUAUUUCUAAGAUGGACACUUAGAAGUUGAAUACAGUAACAGGAACUUUUAGCUAUAAAUUAUUUUGUGAUGAUUAACAAUGGCUCUAUGGGUACUAAGUACAGGUUCAUAUAAACUGCUGUAUAUUCAGACUGACUCUGUUUUACUGUGUAGGUGCCUUUUUGUGUUCAGCUCUAUAUCCAGACAAGCAGUCUUGAACACUUUGUUUCAGGAAAUUGAGUCUAUUAUGCCAUGAUUUACUUAUGAACCAACAGUGUUGUGACAUUUGAACAUGUUUCAUGUAACAGAUGUGAGUACAGAUGACACUGAGACAGACUCGUCUAACAGUGAUGGUCAUGAAUACUUGGAGCCACCCGUGGAACAAAGUGAUGAACAACUAGAUCCCCACGAUGACGAUGAUGACGGUAUAUAUUUCCUUUUAUUGAUAAAAGUACAUAAUUAUUUAAAUAGUACGGUGAAAUAUGUCGGAAAUGGAUUCACUGUCAAUUAUCAAUGAAAUGGAUCCACAAUCAAUCAGCAAUUUUCUUAGAAUGGCCCCACUUCAUAUUCAGUUUCUUUCUCUUUGACCCUCAAUUUACUUCCUCGAGGCCCUCUCUUCUUGUUUAUGUUUUUUUUUCGUUUUCGUAAGAUGAUAACAAAAUGAUAUCCUUACUGCUUUUGAAAGGCACACCUUUUACUGCAGCAACUGAUGUAUUUCUGGUUACUUUCUAAAUUCCUUAUUUGUUUAUCAACUUAUAGCAUCUUCAGAGAACUCAUUUUCGUCAGAUUCAUCACAUGAAUACUGUGUUCCACCUGAAAACCUUCGUCCUCCUGAGCCACCUUCAGAUGGAGAUGAAUAUGAUGGAGUAGAAGGAAUUUAUGUGGAGGUAACACACAAACAGUGCAAUGUUAAAAAAGUGGCCACUAACUUUCUCUUGAAAAUAUUUAGUUAGAAUAACUCUCUUGCUCUUAUUUUCCAGCCUUCUGUCAAGUCUCCAAGGGACCCAUUUUCUUCAGGUACAGAUAUUUGAAAAUACUUAAUGUUGCAGCAUUAGAGAUGUGUACACUACAAGAUGACUAGUUAACCCUUCAACUCCCAAGAUUGUUAAUUAUUCCUCUCUAGCUGUUACAAGUUUCCUUGUAAAUUAGUUACAGAAAAUUUGGUGUUGGAUCAAGGCAACAACUUGUGCCUGCAGCUAAGUUUGAGUAUAAUUAUUGCGUGUUCACUGGUUAAUGAAUUUAUAUUAUUGGGAGAUAGGAAGAAGUUGAAUGCUAAUCAGCUCUGAUAGCUACAGGGUUAAGUAAAGUUAUUAUCAAAAGUUACUAGUGAUUUGUCUAAGAGCAGAAUUUAUUUAGAACAAGUUUGAAGGCAAGGUUGAUUAAGUUCCUACAGAGCUGUUAUCAUUGUAUGUAUUGUAGCUAUAAUGUGAGCAUAUUAAUCAUAUUGUGAGAAAAGACUGAUCCUUUGAACGAAGUGGGGUUGCUUUUCUAUUGUGGUAAACUUAACAACUCCUUAUCCACCCUCAUAAUAAUAACAAUUAUUAUUUGUGAUAAUAAGUCUUAUAAUUUCUGUUUUAGACGAGGAGAAAGACAGUCUUUCUGAGGGUUAGUGAAUAAUGUACUUUGUUACCAUGCAUGUAUGUUCUUGGCUCUUGUUUUGAUAUGAGCUACAUUUGCAUUUUGUUAAAUGAUUAAAGGAAAAUCUUCAUUAAAAAAUAUGAAAUGCGUAGUCAUACACGAUUCUCAAGUUUUGUUUGGAAACUCCUCUGUCUUGGUGGUAGGAGUAGCCCAAUGUAAGUAGGUUACACUACGUUGUUGUUUUACAGAGCCCCUGUACCAAGUUUACAACAGGCGCACUCUCCGACGUGAAAGAAACCUCAGCCGUCGUAGACUGAGUAGUGAUGUGAGUGAUUUGUCAGUAAAUGAUGAAGUGGAGGAACUAACAAAAGGAACAAUGAGAAACAUGAGGAUGCUAUGGUGUGAACUACCACAGGUUUGUUUCAUGGCCACUUCAUCAUCAAGUUUACAUGUAGCCAGCAACGUGGGCGUCUUAUUAGGGCGCCUUAACGUUAUAAAUUUGUGAUUGUUUAUCCAAAUGGCCAUUUUGAUUGACUUUCACUCACCCGUUUGGUAAAAAUUUAUUUCUCAUCCCACUCUUCAACUGCCAUAAAAAUCAAAGAUGGCUGUCACAAUUUUCCCUAAGAGAGUACUUUGCAAUUGCUGGCCAAAAUUACGCCUGCUUUGCAGGCUAUGUCAGAUUAGAAAUUUAGUGAUAACUAGAUUUAACUCCUAGAUCACUUGGACAUGGUUGUCUUCAUAGAUGUGUUAAGGAUCAUGGGUGUAGGUAAGAUUUUCCAGUAAGAAAGUGGGUCAUAAACUAGCUUGGAAUGGACUUGUCCUUUGAAAUUUGUUCUAUUAACAAAUAACAAUUUCUCAGUUCUUUUAACUAAAAAGGGAUUGAUAGGGACAUUUGAACCGCCACUGAGGAACACCCUUAAAAGGAAAUACUUCCGUUUUGCUUUUGGUUGAGCCAUGUCUUCUGUUUUUCUCCUGGACUCUGAUUUCACUGUUGCAUUUCUCUGUUACAUGGAAAAUGUUCAAAUGCUAGAUCAGUGUUAGUUUAGAUUAAUUUUUUUUCCUUGUCCUAGUAAAGCAAUGGUUAUUCCAGUCACUUUGAUAAUAUUUCUCUCUCUCUCUUUUUUUUUUUUACUUUUCCAUCAGGUUAAAGCAAGCGGAAUUUUAGACAGCAUGAAAUCAGAAGAACGUAAACGCCAAGAGGUUUGUUUCACUGCGUUAAUAAACGCAAUCUGUAGAAGUGUUAGAAAGACGGGUUGGGUUCAGUAGGACUCUACUUUAUAUGUAUGAAGAGGAGAGUGGUAUAUAUCAAUACUUGGAAAAUGAACCUGCUUGGGUGAAACGAACCGUUCUGUUUCACAAUUGAUUAUCCAGUUAAAAAUUAUUGAAGUAGGGGCUUUAGUCAGUUUAGUGGCGUUAUUUGAGUCCAUUACGGAGACGAAGUUGUUGUAUUGAGAAACGUUUCCAACAUACUUAGGUACAACUGUAAAUAUUUUUGUCUUUGAGCCCGUUGAAAUACUUUACUACCUGUUCCGCAAGAUACUUGUGCAAGGCGGAAGUCCUCCUCUAACAAAUUUUUAGUCGUUGUAUUACUCCCAUUUGUACUUACCAUCAAGUGCCCAAUGUUUUUUUUUUUUUGUAGGCCAUGUUUGAGGUUAUCACUUCAGAGGCAAGUUAUCUCAAGAGCCUCAACAUUCUUAGAUCACACUUCAUAAACUCAGAAGAGUUGUCCUCUGGCUCCUCUCUGUGUGUUCUAGAACGAGGCCAGUCACAUGUGCUAUUUUCAAACAUCAGUUCCAUUAAAGCGGUCAGUGAGAGGUAAGUUUGGACUCAGGGUAUGACAUUUAGACAGUUACUGAAGUGGUGCCCUUCGUGAUUCAUAGUGUAGUUAUUUUUUAGUACUUUCUAACUUCUUGUAAACGCUACGGUGGCUGAGGCAUGAAAAAAGUGCAAAUCCCUAAGUCCAUGUGCGUCUCGGGCUACUCCGCUUCAAGUUGACAAUAAUCGUUAAGAUAUUGGAAAGGUUCUGAACAAUUCUUCGGGAACCAACUUUCUCCUACGCGGGAGAAACCUGAGAAUAAAUCACAAUGAGGCUGAAUCCAGGGUUACAGUGAGUUUUCCAGCUAACAAAUACUCAAUAUCUUAGUUUCCUCCAGGCCCUCCGAGCACGUCAAAAAGAGGCUGUGGUUAUAUCGUCUAUCAGUGACAUCAUCGAAGAGCAUGUAAGUGGAAUGAGCCGUCUGCUUCUCAAGAUUUAAAACAAAGUUUCAGAAUUUACCUGUUUCGACUGUCUGAAAAUAAUUUGUUCAGCACGCUUAUCGUAUGAAAUAUUUCCAUACACAGGCCACAAGACAUUUCGAAGUCUACGUAAAAUACUGUUCCAACCAGAUCUAUCAGGACAGAGCAUUAAAAAAUCUGAGGUAAGUAUCAUGAUCUGUUCUCCAUUUAUCGACACGUGUUGAUAUGCGGUUUAAAUUAACUGGAUGUCGGAAAUUUUCGUGUGCUUUUUAAUGGGAUUUUUAAUGACUCAUCUUCCCCCAGCUAUCGUUUUCAUCGACUUAAUGGUGCUGUUGUUGUUGUUACAGGAAAAAUGUGAAAUUUCUUGAGGCAGUUUCGAAACUCCAAUCAAGUAAUCAAGCGCAGGGUUUGACGCUACAGUCGUUUUUAGUUCUUCCCAUGCAGAGAAUAACACGGCUUCCCUUGCUCGUAAAUGUAAGUAUCAACCGUUAUGAUCAAACAUCACAUGACCCACAUCAGAACAUGUUAACAUACUGCAUGCAGCCUUGCUGGAUACGACUUCAUUUUUCACAGGCGUGUGGUAUUCACAGGCGUUGUCUCUUCGGAAUUAUUCCACGCCCCAGCUGUCUGAAUGGCGGUUUUAAUGAUUUUAGGGUAUCAGUAAUAAAUCUUAUUUCCCAGGAGAGGGUUAGUAGCUUCAGCUAUCCUAAGUUAACAAGAUUCAGGAUUGGUCACCCGUUCCCCUCCUCCACCUGGGCUGACGAGCAAGUUGCUGCUGAGUGACUGUCAUAGCACUCUACUAACUACAUCCCUCUCUUCCAGGCGAUUUGUACGCGAUGUGAACCGGGUAGUGAUGAGUUUAGCAAGUCAGACCGAGCAUUAGCUGCUAUCAAUAAGGUGAAUUUUAUUACCUGUUUUCGCUAUGCUGUUAUUCAACAUCCAAAGAAUUCCUUUUUCGCCAUUCUUUUUUUCAUGGUCAACAGGUUAAUGAAAGACUUCGGCAUCGGCUCAAGAGUUUAUUAGCGAGUUUUGAUCUUUUUCAGAUUGUGAACAACUGUAACGAGGGAGCAAGAAAAAUGGAACGGAUGGAAGAAAUUUGUGUUAUACAAACACAGAUAGAGUUUAAAACGAAGGUGAGAAUACGCAACCAAUCCUUCUUUACUAACACGUAAGUACCAUAUCUUGUGUACGAUAUUUACUUCCACGCAACUGAAAUUUACCAAAGACCUUUUUCAUCGAUGAUUUGUUAUCAGUACAGUCUUGUCAGUUAAUUGUUAUAAGAAGUGUUGAAUUUUUAAAGCGAGGUAGCAUGGAGAUGAGAGUGUGAUACAAUCUGUUUCUGUUUUUGUUUAUCUUUAGCCCCUCGCUCUCGCCACGUCAUCGCGUUAUUUGCUCAGACGAGGUGACCUACUUCAAGUGGUGGAGGACUCUAAAAGUCCAUUGAAGUUAUUGAGACCCAAGUUUAGACCGUUGUACAUGUUUCUGUUCAAUGAUCUGCUGCUCGUGGCGAAGAAGAAGAGGUACUAACCUAAUUAUACAUAGUUUUUAUUAUUUCAUCUGAAAAGUGAUUUGGAGUUCUUUUUCUGAAAUGUUUGUUCUAAAACUGUCAGUUGUUAUACAUAUUUUGCAAAGAAGCCCUAUUUGAGAAUGGAUUUGCAACGAGAGUAAUUGCAACUUGUGGCUGGGGUCUCAGUCCUCCCGCGCAAUCAAGUUUUUGUCCUUUUCCUACGUAUGCGAUAUGUUAUUUAAACGUCUUCCUUUUAUUUAAAGCCUUGUUGGUCACGCUAUGUUUUUUGUUUUUGUCUUCUAGCGAUAAUCGUUUCUUAAUCCAGGAUUACGCCACACGCACCAUGAUCCAAGUUGAUGAGGCCCCGCAGGAUUGUAGCGUGAAUGUUGAUCACAUGUUCUCUUUGGUUUUAUUGGAAAACUCCGAGGGGAAAACUAAAGAGUUUCUUCUUGUUGGAAACACUGAGUAAGUUGUUCACAUCUAGUGGUGUUUGUCGAUAUUCUGUUGUAAUUUCCUGGAUGAGAAAAAUUUCCUGAAAAACACUGUCUUGGUAAGGGAAUGGAGAGGGGUCUGUUUUAUUUUUCGAAUGAGUCAUUCAGAAUUUGAGUGAGCGUUCAGUAAACCUACCAAAAAAAGUCAUCCACGCAACCGUUUUCCUUGUGUAUAAAUGUUAAAGCACGGUAUCGUACACAACCUGCCUAUAUCAUUCCCGCUCAUUCUUUAUAACGUUAGGCUUACUGUUAUAUUUCCCAAGGGCAAUAUUUUCCAUUCGUUAGCUUUCAAUUCUAUUUUAUCUUCUGAUUGUUCAAUUCCUUCUCAUAGAACUGACAAGACUCGUUGGAUGGAAGCCUUCAAGCCCCCUGUAGCCGAACAAGAAGGAGAAACUGUUUAUGCUGAUUGGGGUAAAUGCACUUGUUAUCACCAGUCACCAUAUGAUUUCUCACAAUAACAUUCAUACACCGUAAGGGAGAGAGGCGGCGUGAUCACUAAAAAAAUGUCAAUUGGGAUGCAUUUUCUUCUUGUAGAAACAAUCUCAUGAUGAAAAUUACAGUAAAACUUUUCGCAUUAUCUAAGACCCAAGCAAUAAGCUAGUUACUAAAUUUGUUUACAGACUGCCCCCAGGUGAACGCUCUUCACAACUACACUGCUCAACAACCCGACGAGCUCUCUCUUUACGAAGGUGACGUCAUCAAUGUCUUGAAAAAACUCCCGGAUGGUAAGUAAAUUUCCCUUUUCCAGAACUAAGUUUCCUUUUGUUUCCUUUUGCUGCGCCUGGUUAAUGUUAUUGGCAGUUUACCUUAUAACGUGUUUGCGUUCUCUGCCAGGGUGGUAUCAUGGAGAGAGGUUGUGUGACGGAACUCAGGGCUGGUUUCCAGCCAAUCAUACUGAAGAAAUACUGAAUGAUCAUGUCCGGGCCCGCAAUUUACGUCAGCGGUAUAGACUGUUGGCAGCUUCUCAACAUUUAAUUGGUGGAACACUUAAGAUUUAAUUACCCUUGUAUUGUUCAAAAUUUUGAAGUUUAGUCUCAAUUGUAUUUCCAAAAUUCAUCUCUAUUUUGUAAAUAGUGAAAACCAGAAUGUUGUUAGAUAAGAUACAUAUUUUAGUACAAUAUUUUUAUACAAUAUUUUUAUAGCAGUAUAAUUUUUGCCUUUUUUUUUACUAGGCUACAAUUUUAUAUUUUUGGGAAUUAAAUAUAAUCGUUUUAACUUUAUGAAAGCGCACAAAUGCUUCUAGAAAAAUUGAUCCUAGGUGUACAGUUUUUGACUUUGAUUUCCCUGCUCUGUUUAAUGGUAGGCCUAGUUUAACUUCAAUUAUGAAAUUGAAAUGGUUAGUAGAAUACAGAAUAAUUAUUUGAAGCGUGGGUAUGCGAGGAAGUUGUACUGUGGAUGAAGUGAAUAGACAAAAAGUCAACCGGUUGACAAUUUUAUUACUGAGUUUCAAAUUCUUGCUUAUUAAUUGUAUCAUAGUUCAAACUUUUUCCAAUAUCCCUUGGAUACAUGCAUUUUCAGCGGUAUUUAAUUCGAAUCGUAAUAUAUAUACUUGAACUGAACGAAGUAUAGACUUGAAAUGAAGUUUAUUUUCAUUUUAGUUUACUAAUUUUGAAUCACCAAACAUCUAAUAAUUACUUGUUGUAAGUUACUGGUGAAUUUAAAAUGAUUAGAAAGGAAUGUUAACUUGUCAUAGUUGACGAUGUACCGUACAUACGCUCUAAAUUAAGGUAAGCAGGUCACAUUGCCAAAUGAAAGUAAGGUAUCGCUCUCGUAACUUUUUUUAGAAGGACUUCAAGUCCAAUAUACUGUUAAAACUAUUUUCUGUGCAAUGUCGUCGUUUACAAGGAAUAAACAUCAAAC